AUGUCCUCUGCUACCCAGUUCGUCACGACGGAUGGCAAAGUCGUUGCGCAGUCAUAUCACCCAUGCCAUCUGUUCGGCCAGGGUGACCUCUAUGGGGUAGGAGUUCGUUGGAGCUUCUACAUACAAUAUGCGGCAGCCAUCAUCGCGCUGUGGUACAAAUUUGACGAGGCCAUA